GCGGGGCUGCGGGGCAGCAUGACCGGGCUGUGCCUCUCCUGCCUGCUCUGGCCCCAGGACCUGGAGUCUCCCCCGGCGCACGCCUUCAAGAUGACGAGCUUCAAGAAGGUGAAGGCGUGCGGGAUCUGCCGGCAGGCCAUCACGCGCCAGGGCAGCACCUGCCGAGGCUGCAAGCUCUCCUGCCACACCAAGUGCCAAAGCAAGGCUGCUACUCCCUGCUCCCCUGCUGUCAACUAUGAGCUGCCGUCCCCAGGGCAGAGCAUCACCAAGCAGGUGGACACCCCGGACGCCAUGAGGUCCUCCAGAGGCGGGCAGGCACACCGCAAAACAGCCAGGAGCAUGAGUGUGACAGCAGCCAUGGAGAGCAGCUGUGAGCUGGACCUGGUGUACAUCACGGAGCGCAUCAUUGCUGUCUCCUACCCCAGCACAGCUGAGGAGCAGAGCUUUCGCAGCAACCUCCGCGAGGUGGCCCACAUGCUGAAGUCCAAGCAUGGGGACAACUACGUGCUUUUCAAUCUGUCAGAGCGCAGACAUGACAUCAGCAAACUUCACCCCAAGGUGCUGGAUUUUGGAUGGCCUGACCUGCACACGCCGGCACUAGAGAAGAUCUGCAGCAUUUGCAAAGCUAUGGACACGUGGCUGAACGCGGCGGCUCACAAUGUGGUGGUGCUGCACAACAAGGGGAACCGAGGCCGCCUGGGGGUAGUGGUGGCUGCCUACAUGCACUACAGCAAUAUCUCAGCCAGUGCUGACCAGGCUCUGGACAGGUUUGCCAUGAAGCGCUUCUAUGAGGACAAGGUGGUGCCGGUGGGACAGCCCUCCCAGAAGAGAUACAUCCACUACUUCAGUGGGCUCCUCUCUGGCAGCAUCAAGAUGAACAACAAACCCCUCUUCCUGCACCACGUCAUCAUGCACGGCAUCCCCAACUUUGAAUCGAAAGGCGGUUGUCGGCCCUUCCUGAAGAUCUACCAGGCCAUGCAGCCUGUCUACACAUCAGGGAUCUACAAUGUGCAAGGGGACAGCCAGACGGGCAUCUGCAUCACCAUCGAGCCGGGGCUGCUGCUCAAAGGCGAUAUCUUGCUCAAGUGCUACCACAAGAAGUUCCGCAGCCCAACCCGUGAUGUGAUUUUCCGCGUGCAAUUCCACACUUGCGCUGUGCACGACUUGGACAUCGUCUUUGGCAAGGAGGACCUGGAUGAAGCAUUCAGAGAUGAACGCUUCCCUGAAUAUGGAAAGGUGGAGUUUGUGUUCUCCUAUGGCCCUGAGAAGAUCCAAGGCAUGGAGCACCUAGAGAAUGGCCCCAGCGUCUCAGUGGACUACAACACAUCUGACCCGCUCAUCCGCUGGGACUCCUACGAGAACUUCAACAUCCAGCGUGAGGACAGUGCCGAGGGGGCCUGGGCUGAGCCAACACUGCCGGGGAAACAUCUGGAGAAAGAGGUUGGGCACACACAAGGGCCCCUGGACGGGAGCCUCUACGCUAAAGUGAAGAAGAAAGACUCCCUGCACGGCAGCAUCGGCGCUGUCAACACCGCCCGCCUCCCCCUCUCGGCAGCCCCCAACCACGUUGAGCACACACUGUCGGUGAGCAGCGACUCGGGCAACUCCACCGCCUCCACCAAGACCGACCGGACGGAUGAGCCGGGGGCUCCCGGGGCACCCGGUGGCCACGCGGUGCUGAGCCCCGAGGAGAAGCGGGAGCUGGACCGUCUCCUGGUCGGCUUUGGCUUGGAGAGCGCAGCGCCCAUGCACAACCACGCACCGGGCCCCGAACCUGCCCGCAUGCCCGCCGGGCCGGGCCGACAUGUAGUGCCAGCCCAGGUGCACGUCAAUGGUGCUGGCACACCACUGCUGGCUGAGCGGGAAACGGACAUCUUGGAUGAUGAACUGCCCAACCAGGAUGGGCACAGCGUGGGCAGCCUGGGCACGCUCUCGUCCUUAGAUGGUACCACCACUGCCAGCGAGGCUGGCUUCCAUGAGGCGCCACGUGUGGGCAGCCUCUCCUCCCUGCCCAAUGGCCCAGCUAGCUACAAUGGGGCUGAGAAGAUGCUGAAGGAAGGGCUUUAUGAGGCUGAGCCUCUCUCCAACGGUGCCUACCCCUACAGCAACCAGAAUACCCUGAUGGGCCACCCCCUCCGUGACCCGCUGACUCACUUACGGCCCUCAGCGUCCGGGCAGGAGCACCUGGCUGGGUACCCACAGCGGCAGCCAGCUUCAGCUUCACCGGCCUGGCUCCAGCCUCCGGUCCCCCAGCCCUACCUGUACGGUUAUGACCUACCCAGUGCCCACCGCUCACAGUCUUUUCCAGCUGUAGGGACAGCCAAGUAUGAAGCAAACCCGGCAUUACCACAGGCUCCAGCUCGCAGCACCAGCAGCCGGGAGGCUGUACAGCGGGGCCUGAAUUCCUGGCAGCAGCAGGGCGGCAGCCGACCUCCAUCCCAGCUUCAUGAUGGUGGGUUGGAAAGCCACAGCCCCAGCCUUUCCAGCUGCAGCCCCCAGCCCAGCCCGCUGCAGCCCAUGCCCCCGCACAGCCACAGCAUGCCCGAGUUCCCCCGGGCUCCAUCACGCCGAGAGAUCGAGCAGUCCAUUGAAGCACUUGAUGUCCUCAUGCUGGAUCUUGCACCCUCCGUCCAUAAGUCACAGAGUGUCCCUUCCACAGCUGCUCGCCAGGACAAGCCGGCUGCCAUGCUCUCCUCAUUAUCUGCACAGCCACUCAGUGGUCACUAUGCUCAGCCAGCCCCACAGGUGGUCCAGCCCAGGUCCUUUGGCACCUCUGUGGGCACUGAUCCCUUGGCCAAAGCCUACUCACCUGGUCCACUGGUUCCCGCGGCUCGAAGUUCUGUAGAACCAAACUACACCGUGCAUGAGUACCGGGAAACCUAUACUCCCUAUAGCUACCAGCCGGUGCAGGAGCCUCGGAGCUAUGGCAGUGCACCAUCGAGCAUCCUUCCGCUCAGCGCCUCAUACAGCCCUGCAGGGUCUCAGCAGCUUCUCGUCUCCUCCCCGCCAUCCCCCACUGCAACAGCACAAAGCCAGCUGCCCCACAAGGGACUGGAGAGCUAUGAAGACCUGUCGAGGUCGGGAGAAGAGCCUUUGAAUCUGGAAGGGCUGGUGGCCCACAGGGUGGCAGGGGUGCAGUCCCGGGAGAAGUCCCCAGAGGAGAGCACCGUCUCUGCCCGAAGGCGAACCCCCAGUGACAGCCACUAUGAGAAGAGCUCACCGGAACCCAGUUCUCCCCGCAGCCCCACUGUCCUCUCACCUGAGGUGGUCAGCACCAUUGCGGCCAACCCUGGAGGAAGGCCCAAGGAGCCUCACCUCCACAGCUACAAGGAAGCCUUCGAGGAGAUGGAGAAUGCCUCCCCCAGCAGCCCGACCUCCGGCGGUGGUGAGAUUUCUCCCCCCACCCCAGCCUUCCCUGUCUCGCCACAAACCCCUUACUCCGACUCCCUGCGUUCUCCACCCGGCCUGGCCAAGACCCCUCUCUCAGCACUGGGGCUGAAACCCCAUAACCCAGCUGACAUCCUGCUGCACCCAGUGGGAGAGCCUAGGAGCUAUGUUGAGUCAGUGGCCAGAACGGCCACAACUGGCAGGGCAGGGAACCUUCCAGCUGCCCAGCCUGUGGGCCUGGAGGUGCCUGCCAGGAAUGGUGCCUUUGGCAACUCCUUCACCGUGCCCAGCCCCAUCUCUACUAGCAGCCCUAUCCACAGCAUGGACGGUGGCUCACUCCGCAGCUACCCAUUGGAGGGCAGCCCCCACGGCACAGUUACACCUCCCCAUGCUGUAGCUGAGCCAGCUUACCGGUCACCCAUCGUCUCGCAAACGCCAUCUGCUCACAGCAGCUACCAAACCUCGUCUCCAUCAUCCUUCCAAGCGGGAACGCUGGGCUCUCCCUAUGCCAGCCCUGACUACCCUGAUGGCCGAGCCAGCUUCCAGCCGGACCCCCAGGUUCGGCAGCAGCCACAGGUCAGCGUGGUGGGUGUCCAUGCGCUGCCAGGGAGCCCCCGCACCCUACACCGGACAGUGGCUACCAACACACCACCCAGUCCUGGCUUUGGGCGAAGAGCUGCCAACCCUGCUGUUGCCAGCACGCCCGGCAGCCCUGGGCUGGGCCGGCACGCCAUGUCCCCCCAUGCGCCACCAGGGAGCCCCAGCCUUGCCCGGCAUCAGAUGGCAGCCGUGCCUCCCGGCAGCCCCAUGUACGGCUACUCCAGCCCAGACGAGAGGCGCCCAACGCUGUCCCGGCAGAGCAGUGCGUCCGGCUACCAGCCUCCCUCCACGCCAUCUUUCCCCGUCUCACCGGCGUACUAUCCUGGCACCAGCACUCCACACUCCUCCUCCCCGGACUCCGCUGCCUACCGCCAGGGCAGCCCCACUCCACAGCCUGCACUGCCUGAGAAGAGGCGGAUGUCAGCCGGUGAGCGCUCCAACAGCCUGCCCAACUACGCCACGGUCAACGGCAAGGCCUCCUCGCCCCUCUCCAGUGGCAUGUCCAGCCCCAGCAGCGGCAGCGCUGUGGCUUUCUCCCACACCCUGCCGGAUUUCUCCAAGUUUUCCAUGCCAGACGUCAGCCCUGAGACUCGUGCCAACGUGAAGUUUGUGCAGGACACUUCUAAGUACUGGUACAAGCCAGACAUCUCCCGGGAGCAAGCCAUCGCACUGCUGAAGGACAGGGAGCCAGGGGCUUUCAUCAUCCGGGACAGCCACUCCUUCCGGGGAGCCUAUGGCCUUGCCAUGAAAGUGGCUUCCCCACCUCCCACCGUCAUGCAGCAGAACAAGAAAGGAGACAUCACCAAUGAGCUGGUGAGGCACUUCCUCAUUGAGACUAGCCCACGGGGUGUGAAACUAAAAGGAUGCCCCAAUGAGCCUAAUUUUGGCUGCUUGUCGGCUCUUGUCUACCAGCACUCCAUCAUGCCUCUGGCCCUGCCCUGCAAGCUGGUCAUUCCUGACCGAGAUCCCAUGGAGGAAAAGAAAGAUGCUGUGUCGACCACCAACUCAGCAACAGACCUUCUCAAACAGGGUGCGGCCUGCAAUGUCCUCUUCAUCAAUUCAGUGGAGAUGGAAUCGCUCACAGGCCCCCAGGCCAUCUCCAAGGCCGUGGCAGAGACACUGGUGGCCGACCCCACGCCAACUGCAACGAUUGUUCACUUCAAAGUCUCUGCACAAGGCAUUACCUUAACGGACAACCAGAGGAAAUUGUUCUUCCGACGACACUAUCCUCUCAAUACUGUUACCUUCUGUGAUUUGGACCCCCAGGAACGAAAGUGGACUAAAACUGAUGGCAGUGGUCCAGCCAAGCUCUUUGGCUUUGUGGCCAGGAAGCAAGGGAGCACCACAGACAACGUCUGCCACCUCUUUGCAGAGCUGGACCCGGACCAGCCAGCUGCGGCCAUUGUCAACUUCGUCUCCAGAGUCAUGCUUGGCUCUGGCCAGAAAAGAUGAGCUGGUGCUUGCGGGUGAUUCUUGAAUUUUGGAGAAGGACUUGGAGCUGAUCCGAGAAGGAGUGUGAGGAAGUGCAUUGUGGGAGAGGGAAGUGAAUUGGGGGGGGGGGGGAAGGGUUGGAAUUGUGGAGGAAAACAGCAAACAAUGACAAGAAAACAAAACAAAACCCUAAAAACUUGACACAAGCUAAACACACACAUAGAAGAAUCAAACCACACACCUAUGUAACAGAGCCAUGAAGUCAACGCCAAACAGGGAGAGGAUGCGGAUGCAUGUCCCACCACAGGGAAGGUGACCAAAGUGAAGAUGGCAGCAAGAGGAGUUCCCAGCUUUCGGCAUUGCAGUCCUGAGGCCACACCAAGUGGUUAUGUUUGCUCCAGACCAAAUGCAUGGUUGUCAUUUGGAGGGGAAAAAAAAAAAAAAAAAAGAGACAAAACAGCAAAAGCCAUGAAAGAAGCCUUCAUCGGUGAACGUCUGCUGCAUGUUUGACACAGCGUACAGGGGAUAACGCCCUGCUGCCGUGUGAGCCCAGGUCUGCAGGACACUGGAGGAGAUGCCGUUGGAAACUUCCCCUCGCCAUGCUGCAGCAGAGGGUCCUGCCAGCUUACACCGAAACCUGCUGGCCACCCUGCUGGGGUGUGCAACGGCUUGGUCCCGAAUCCUCUUGUUGCCUGGGUGCUUGGCUUUGGGCUACCCUCAGCUGCUGGCCCGUAGCCUAGCACAGGUGAGACAUCACAAGUUUCACCCACAGAGGGGCAGUGCAGCAUCUCCUCCACUCCUGGGCAGCUCCUGCGCUCCAUGCCUGGAAGAGGAGGAUACUCCUGGUCUGGUGGAGGAAGGAAGGCACCUCCUCGCUCAUCUUCCUCUUUUCCCUCCUGUCACCAGUCCUCUUUGACAGUUUUCUCCUGUGGCCUGUCACACAUUCUCUUAACAGAAAAAAAAAAAAGAAAAAAAAAAAAAAAGAAAAAUGUUA